GAAGCCACCUGUUGAAGUUGAUUAGCGUGCUGAAGUGGCGUCAGUACAGCAGCGGUAGCAGUCGUCUUCACACCUAUCCGAGAGCUGGGUCAAGACUUCGCACCUAGAGCACAAUGAGGCUGUUGUUUCUCCCGGUGGCCUUGGUGGUCGUGAGCUUGUGCGUGGGAGAUCCAAAAUGUAACCCAAAAUGCGAACUCGUGAAGUGUGGCUACCCUGAAGACUGCGAGUAUGGGGCAGUGAUUCCUGAGUGCCGCUGUUGUCCAGUCUGUGCUGAGAAUCCCUAUUUGCCUCUACAGCAGGUCCAACAACAAGCAGGUGAGGCGAGGACAGCGAGGAGGAAGCGGAGGUCAGGCGUUGUGGGCACCGCUACCAGGAAGGCCAAGGUCCACUCAUACAAAAGAACCGGUGGCUUGUCAAAAGAAUUUCUGGAAAAAGUCAGGCUGUAUUUGCUGCAAAAGAAGGCAGCCGAGGCCGCCAAAGCAGCAACUAAGAACCAGUAGAACACCACAAGUUUCCGAAGUGAAGAACUCUGGUAUGAAGACCUGCAGUACUGUGUUCCCGUGGAGAUACCAGAAGGUGUUGAGGGGUGCUGAGGAUCUACACCAACAGUUAGAGGAUAAACAGGGCAAAGCUAUUGUUAUCAAGAACUUUUUAGUGAAUUUUGGCGUGCAUAAGAAAUCAAUAUCAAGGAGAAUAAAGUUUAAGUCUAGACACUUACGAGAAAACUAA